UAGUAAUAACUUGGUCCCGUUAUGUUUUUAAUCUAAAUAAAUUAGUGCGAAGUGUGUGUGCAUUUACCUAAUGCGAAAACAAAUCAUGCUGUAAUUAAUGCAGUUUACGUUUUUGUUUAAACCAGAACCCGACCUUCCAGCCCUGAACAACCCCCCAAACAUGGACCCGUACGAGGAGCAGCUGCUGAAGGUCUUCAACAGCCACGACCGAAAUAACUGCGGCAGCCUGGACAGAGAGGGGUUGACGCAACUGUGCCAGACGUUGCAAUUGGAGGAGCACAGUGCGGAACUGAUAAAAUGCGUCCUGAAGGACGCCAAAUAUAAACGGGCCUCGUUCCCGGAAUUCAAAGACGCACUGCUCGCCCUCCUCGGCAACAUGCAGAGCAAGAACGUGAUAACGGACGAGGGCGAUUUGGAGAAGAGCCCCGAACGUGAGGUGUCCCCGAAACUGGUGUACGGAUCGAAGAAGUACGGCAGAAGAUCGAGGCCGCGGAUCGACGAGGUCACUCAGAUCUUCAACGAGGACAACGACAUCACCAUCAACAAGUCGAGUGCCGUUCAAAGGUCCAACUCCCAAUCGGAAGUUUCCAAUUCCAAGAAGAGGAAGACGAACUACAAACUGAAGCGGUGCACCUCCUUGCCGGGGAAGACGGACCUGACCAACGGGAAGUUGGAGAACAACUUUCACGUGGGCAACUCCCUCAGUUGUGAGCCGGAGCAAAUUUGCACGGAAGACAUGCUGAGGGAGGCUUGGAAGAAGUUAGGAGUUGGAGAGGAUGGAUAUUUGAACCAGAACGAAUUGAUAUUGGUGUGCGAUGCGAUAGGUCUGAACAAACUGGCAGACGGUCUAAUUAGACAGUUAAGCGACAAACUCCCAAUGAACUACGACCAAAAGAUCAGUUUCCAGGACGUGAUGGAGGCGCUGCGCGAGGACGAAACGUGGUUCGAGGUCCUGAACACCGUGCCGACCAACAACAACGACUCAAAACUGGGCCGCAACGCCGACACGUCGUUCCCGGACUCGCGCACCUUCCAAUACGUUACGCUAGGUCCGGACGGCAACGGACUGGUGUCCGCCGAUUCGCUUAUAGAAAUGUGGGAAACGGUCGGCAUCCAUUCGCCCAAGGAGCUGUUGCACGAGCUAGGUUUCGACACCAGGAACAUUAACAUAUUGGACUUGGCUCAGGUGUUGGAAAAGCAGACCAAGAUAAUGAACGACACGUCCCGGACGGAGUAUCAGAGUCCGCAUCUCGUGCUGCUCCAGGCCACCCUGACGCUCUACCAGUCGGAGAUCAGGUGUCUGAAGCAUGUGCUGGGCCAGAUGCAUGCGGAAAGGGAGAAACUGAAGUGCGACGUGGUGGAGGCCAACAACAGGUCGACGCUUCUGGCGCAAGAGGUGGACGACAAUCACUCGCGCAUGGAGCAGAACACACUCAACCAGGUCAAGCUUUUGGAGCAGCGUCACGCCGACAUUCUCAAGGAGGUGACGCAGCAGUACUCCCGAGACAAGGACCAGUUGACCAACAUUAACUUAUCAUUGGAGGAGAAAAUCGUCAAUUUGGAACAGGAAGUGCUGAAGCUUAAGAACGACCUGGCGGUGGCGCAGAAGUACUCACUUAACUUGGAAAAGGAAAACAGGACGUUGUCCAACGAAAUCGUAGACUUGAAAAAGGACAAGGAAAUGCUGACGAUCCAGAUAAACGCUCUGGAAAAUGAGAACCAGAAGUUCGGGGCCAUGGAGUACGAGGAGCACGAGAUGCUGAUCGCCAAACUGGCGGCGUUACAAAUCGAAAAUGCUCAGCUGAAGGACAAGAACGACGAGAUGGUGUCGGAGAUCGAAUCGUUGACGAAUCAGGUGGCGAGUAUGAGGUCGAAGGUUUGCAGCACCCCGACCUUCAACACCUUGGAUCAAUCGAUGGAGGGAAACAUCUCAAUUAUCGUCGAAGGCGUGAAUGUCGGCGCAAAACGGAGGAGCGACUAUUCACCUACAAAGGACAAAUGCGAUGGUAGCCCGAGAUUGGGCAAGCUGCGUCGCAAAACCACCGGCUCGCUGUCGGAUCCGAUGAAGGGCCAGGACAAUCUGGAGCUGCCGCUCACGUCGAGCGAGAGCGGCUUCGAAACGGAGGCGGACUGUCUCGACUCCUCCAUAUCGGCGUCGGAACACGAGGAAAUAGCCCGUCUCCAAGCCAAGGUGGCCUUCCUCGAGCAGGUCCUCGUCCAGAACGCCAUCCCCGUGCCCGACACCUUGCCUGAGUCGCCAUGCAGCUUGGCCACCACACUGAUAAACCUGACGGAAAGGGUGCGCGACCUGGAGACCAUCAUCUUCGACGCCAAGGCCUCCCUCAAGCGUAUGGUGGAGAAGAAGUGCGUGAGCGAGGACAACGUCAGUCAAAUCCGCAAAAAACUGGAAAAUAUCCAACUAGAAUCGAUCGGCACGAACAUCGACGACAGCUUCGACACCGAAUUCAAGUCGCCGACGGUGGAAAGUGGAUGUCAGACCGAACCUACAGAGGACAAGUCGGUUAACAUCGAGGAGCUGCGCGAGGCGAGCAAAAAGGCCGAAGAAAAGAACAAGGAGCUGAGCGCCGCCAACAAGGAACUCGAGGCAAAGAUCGUCGAGUACGAGAACUGUCUCGAGUUGCUCAGGAACGAGAUGGUGCAGUGCGAGGACUAUUGGGAGACCAAAAUCGACGAGGAACGCCAGAUAUUCGAGCAGGAGCACAAACUGACCAGCGACACACUGACAGAUUUGCUGGUCAAACUGAAGGAGUACGAGGAUCAGUUCGCGAGUCAGGACCAAACCGACAAUCGGCUGCCCCCAAUCGUAGAGACUGAAAAUCUGGAGAAACAGUUCACGGACUUGGAACAGGAGUACGAGGACUACAAAAACAAGACUGACGCCGAGAUAUUCAGGAAGGACGAGGAGAUAUCCGUGCUGAGGGAACAGCUGGAGAAGCUGAUGCUCAAAGCGGACACCAAGGACGCCGAGAUCCAGGCCAACGAGAGCGUGACGGAAAAAAUGAAAACGUUUACGAGCUACAUAAUCGAGCAGUCCGACUACAAGCGGGAGGAACAGGACGAGAACGUUUGGGAGCAAAGCGAACAACCAAUCAAGCCGACGACGUUGAACUGGAACUUCAAUGAGAACGCGCCGCGCCCCUUGUCCAACGUUCCUUCCACCUCCAGCAGUUCGAACGGCAUGGACAAGAACACGACGCCCUGCCGGCCGAAAAGAACGAGGAAACACGACAAGCACAUGUACAAGAAGAAGGAGGAGGUGAAAAAGUGCGACAAGCCGCAGAAUGCGAAGCCCGCCUUCAACCAGGACGUCGUGAUGCCCGCCAGCUCCUACUACAACCUCAACAACAGGCGACAUUACUUGGAACAAAGGGUCAAGAGUCUGGAAAUGGUGUUGACGCAACAGCACUACCAUCACGAGCACGUGAUGCAACAGUAUUUCCAACAGUUCCGAGCGGACAGAGCCGAGUACCAGUGCAAGUUGAAGUUCCUGCAAGAAAAGCUCGAGCAACAGGUCAGAAUUUGCAACGACCAGCUGCAAAAGCUGGAGAGGACGGACCAGUUGGUCAAGGAGAUGUACGUGGAGAACUCUUAUUUGAUCGCGAACGUGCAGAGGUUGGAACAACAGUGCCAUAUCAUGAAACAAUGCAGCGCAAACUCGAGCACUGUUUAGGCUAAUUUAAAUUAUUACUAGGGUUUAAUUGUUAUUUGUUGUAGAAUGUUUAUAGUUUAUUAUUGAUAGUACAAAAGCGUGGAGAAAUUUGCGUAGGUCGUUCCAACGAUGUCGGUGUUUGUCGUGGACAUUUGAUGUCAUCGGAUAUGAUUUGCGUAAAAGUUUUAAAAGAUCUGAAUUUUGAAUUCUUUUGUUAUUGUCUCAUAAUUUAAUGACAAUAAAGUAAGUUCACUUUAUAAUUUUUCUCAUGUUUUAAUGAGACGUAUCUUUGUACAUAUAUUUUAACCAGAAUUUCAAUUUGUACUAAUGAUAUUUGUUUUUUAAACUAACAAGUGAUGAUUAAAAAUUCGUUAACGUGCCUUGUAUAUCAAUUUCCAAUAGCAAAAGAAUUUAUUACUUGUAUGUAUUAUUUUUUUAAACAUUGGUUGUGGUGUAAGCAUUCUACUUGUUGAUUGUACUGACAUACCUGAACUAUAUGUUAUAGAAUUUUCUGGAUUAACACAAUAUUUAUUAUUUUAAUUCGUAUUAAUGAGCUCUAGUUUUUAUAUAGUAUAUAAUUAUAACUGGCCUAUCAUAUCAUUAAUGGUGUUAAUGAAUUUAUUAGUAAUCAAUUUUUUGGUAAUAAUCACUUUUAUGUACAUGCAUUUUAUGUCGCAUUUAGUGAAAAUCUAGUCUUCAACAAAUCUGUUCAAAUUUUAAAAUGCUUAGUUUUAUGGAAACAUUAGCGUCCACUAAAUGAAUGUAAAGCUAUUUUUUUAAUACACAAUCCAUGUUGUAUUGAAUAUAUUGUUCAUGAAUUUGUAAAUUCACUGAUUACGAUUUUUUUUAUCCCAAAGAAUCUUGUAUAUUUGUUUGUUAUAUCACUUUAAUAAAGAAACUUUUUCUUUCCCAUAAACGU